AUGAGAUAUUUAAGAGAAGUGGUCAUUGAAGAUAAUCCUGUGAAUGGUUUUCUUCCAGCUUCUAUUGGAAAUUUUUCUGAUUCUUUUCGGAUGUUUGUUGCACGUAGAAACAAACUGAAGGGCACAAUCCCGGAAGAAAUUGGAAACCUAAGUGGUUUACGUGUGUUAGCUCUGUCUCAUAAUGAAUUCACUGGUUCUAUUCCUGAGAAGUUGAGAACUAUGAACAAUCUUCAAGAAUUUUACUUGGAAAAUAACAGUCUAAGUGGAACUAUACCUGAUGAUAUCUGUAGUUUACCGAAUCUUGGAGCUUUAAAGUUGACUGGAAAUCAAAUAUCGGGUUCAGUUCCAGCAUGUUUAGGAAAUGUUUCUACUUUAAGAUAUCUUCAUUUGGCUUUCAACAGAUUGAGUUCCAUCUUACCUGAAAGCCUUUGGAGCCUUCAAGAUCUCUUAGAACUCAAUGUAUCAGCAAAUCUGUUUAGCGGGCGUAUACCUCCUGAGUUUUUCCAGUAA